AUGGAUAUACUUAUAUACUGUUCUGAUUUCGGUCCGACAGAUCAUCAAGAAUCUGAUGAUUAUGAUAUACUUCUUGACAUGGGUCAACUUGACAUUGAUCAGAUGAUUAGGAGGUUGAUGGAUGUUGUGAAUAUUGGUCAGGUGACAUUUAGAGAGAUUGAUCUGUAUCAGUUCGAUCAAACAUUCUGGGAUAAGGUUGGUGUAUGUUUGAAAGAGUUGGAGCAUAGAGUCAUUGGCAUAUCAUAUAUAAUGUAUUAUACAUUGUUUGGAAAGCCCAAUCCAUCUUUUAACAGGGGAUCACUGCUGGACAUACCAUUCAAAUCGAUCGAGAUGGCAUUGGAGGGCAUGCCUCUGGUUUAUUUGCCAGACACCAUAAGAUCUCUUCAUCUUCAAUCAUCUUAUGAUCCAAUGCAUAUUGCACCUGGCGAUCUGACCAUGCCACUGGAGGAGCUCUAUCUUUAUGGCGACUUCUCAGCACCCCUGCUCCCUGGCACACUGCCCUCAUCACUGCGGAUACUACACAUCGCGGCCAAGUUCAACCAGCCUCUUGACCGCACCAAUCUACCAUGCUCACUCACUGAGCUCUGUCUGGAUGGAUCACAGUUCAACCAACCAGUGACAGACUUCCCUGCAUCAAUCAUCACUCUCACACUUGGCGUGCGUUAUACCAAUCGCAUCGAUCAUCUGCCAUUGCAGCACCUGGUACUUCACUCAAAUCAUGCUAUUCACAUUGCCAUGGUUGAGCUGAGGUAUCUUCGCGUAUUGAAAUUGAUGUCAUCAACUUUGAUUGAUUUGGACGCCAUCACAUCGACCUACUUUCCAAACCUGGACAAGCUUUGCCUGCCAAUGAUCACAUCGACCUCUGACCUGACAACACUGCCUGCGUCAUUGAGGAGGCUGAAUGUUGAGCCAUAUAUACCACAAGAGCCACAUCUAAUCUAUCCCAAUGGAAUCACCAGUCUUACAAUCGAUCGCUCUUAUCUCACAUUCGAUAAGGUGGCCGCAUUCAAUGUUCAAGGCCUGCCCUCAUCGCUCACUCGUUUGAAGUUGGUCAACAAGUCCUACUACAUUGAACCCAGUGAACUGCCCCCAUCGAUCAGGGAACUAUACUAUCAUCGUGCCAAACCUGAGCACGCUCUUGCAAUCAUGAAGGGGUUACCGCCAUCAAUCAGAUUGAUCCAGAUACCUUUGGCUGAGGUGCCAGCACAGACAUUCAUUCGAGUCAAUGAUACCAUUCUCCUCAGACUUAAGGGAGGAGUAGUUGCGAACGAAUGCAUGUCUGGUGGGUUUGUCAAUAUCCAGUCAAUCAUCAAAUGUUUGGAACAGGACAUGGUGGACGCUGACGACAACGAUGAAGAUACAGAUAAUUUGUUAUGGCACUAG